AUGCAGUGGACGUUGAUUCUGCUCUUCCUGAUGGCUCAGUGUUGCUUCAUUGACUGUCAGCUCUAUCAGUUUCACUGCAUUAAAGAGAAUAAAAGCUGGACUGAAGCUCAGCAGUACUGCAGAGAGAAACACACUGACCUGGCCACAGUGACUAACAUGAAGGACAUGAAGAGACUCAACAACAUCUCAGCUGGUAGUAAAGACCAAGCUUGGAUUGGUCUGUAUUAUCAAACACAUGGUACCAGAACAUGGCACUGGUCUCUGCCUGGAGUGGAGUUUGAUGAAAGUGAGGCAAACUGGAACCAAGGAGAACCGACUGACAAACAUGGAAAUGAAAUAUCUGAGAACUGUGGGUUUCUGUUUAAUAAUUUUCAGUGGGCAGAUGGAUCUUGUCAUCACAUGAAACUUUUCCUCUGCUACGAUGAUACUGGUAGAAACCAGAAAUACCACUUGAUUCAAGACAAGAAGAGCUGGCAGAAAGCUCAGAUUUACUGCAGAGUGAAUCACACAGACCUGAUCAGUGGAACGAAGCAGCUUCAGGAUGCAAGAGCGGCGAAUGUUUUGAACUCUGUGGGAAAGGAAACGCACGUAUAUUUCGGUUUGUUCAGAGACGCCUGGAAGUGGUCCGAUGGAAGCAGCCUCUCCUUCAGACACUGGCACAAAGGCUUCAGCAAUCAAAAACCCAACAGCGGACAAUGUGCCGUGUUUAAGUUUAAUGAUAAAGGCAGAUGGAGGAACGAGAGCUGUACGGCCAAGAAACACUUCGUCUGUUACGACGAUAAAGUGAUCCUGAUCAAAGAAAAUAAAACCUGGGAGGACGCCUUGACCUACUGCAGAGAUCACCACCAUGACCUGGUCACCAUCACCAACAUGGAUGAUCAGAGAUGGAUCCAGGAGAAAGUCAAGAACGCAUCAACUGAUUAUGUCUGGACGGGUCUGCGCUACACCUGCACUCUGGAUUUCUGGUUCUGGGUCAAUGAUGAGGUGGUCAUCUAUCAGAACUGGGCCAAAGGUGAACCGAUGGACGACUGUGACAUGUCUGGAGCCAUGGAAACGAGAGGAAGACAUCAGUGGAGGAAGAAAAAUGACAGUGAGAAGUUUAAUUUUUUUUGUUCCAAGGAUUGAAACUCAGCCUUUGGAUUUGGCCGGGUUUUUUUUUUGGGACCAAGUUACAUUUAAAAUUUUAACCCUUUACCACAUAAUGUGGGGGGCAGCACGUACACACGAAUAAUUGACAUCAGUAAGACCCUCCUCUGGGCUUUGAUCGGUUGUUUUGAGCUCACGUUGUUUUCUUUUUUAUAAAAUAGUGUAUUCAUAGUUUGAAAUGAAGAAAAACACAAGAACAGAAUUUGAUUUUUGGCUUUAGUAAAAAAAAAAAAAAGCACUGCAGAUGUAUAUAAAUAAUAGAUUUGAUAUGACGUUUGAAUAGUAUAGAAAAUGUAUUUCCAAAGAAAAAAAAUGAAAUAAUGGAUUUUUUGUCUUUCAGUGUGCAAAAAAAGGCCAAACUUCAAGAAUAUGCUUCAGAGGAUGUAAAUAAGUUUUGCUUCAUUACUUGUGUGAAAUAAAUAUUCACACACACUUAUGAUGGUUUUAAAUGCACUGAACGUUUUAUGGAGCGAUUCCUUUUGGGGGUUUCGUUUAGCUUUUUACGCAAUAUCUGUCUUCUGUUUGACGAAUAAAGACCCUUUAUAACGUUUUAUAAGUUAUCAGAAAUUUCAUCAGUUUUGGUUUUGGGGCUU